AUGAUUAAUAUAUUUAUUUUGAAUUGGUUUUUCAUUUUGUUUUUGUUAUGUAUUUUUCAAAUUAAUCUGAUUUCGACAACUCAUCUUCCUAACUAUCGAUUUACCAGAAAAAACAAUAAUGAUUUAUACACAUGUCUUUCAUCAUUGUUACCAUUGUCAGUACGUACUAUUUAUCCAUGUAGUACUAUAGCAAAUCAAAACAGUUUUCAAUAUGGAUGUGUUCAUUUUAAUAUUACUAAUUUAUCUGCUAUUCGUGGUGGUCGAUUUUCUCAUUCACCAGCUGUGAUUGUGUAUGUAACCGAUAGUAGUGAUGUACAAAAUGUGCUGGUAUGUGCAGCAAACUUAAACUAUGUUGUGAAUGCAUUAAGUGGAGGUCAUAGUUAUGAAGGUUAUGGAUUAGGUUCAACAUACAAUAAUAUUAUAAUUAAUAUGGAAGGAAUUAAUUAUAUAAAUAUUAAUCAACAUGAUAGAACUGGGACAUUUGGAGCUGGUACAAGACUUGGUCCAAUCUAUUAUGAAGCAUAUCAAUCAGAUAACUAUACAAUUAACGCUGGAAGUUGUCCAUGGGUAGGACUUGCUGGUCAUGCACUUGGUGGUGGAUAUGGACUACUUUCUCGUGAGUUAUUGACGAUCAAUGAAACACAUGAACCAGAUUUAUAUUGGGCAUUACGUGGUGGUGGUGGAGGUUCAUUUGUUAUUGUCACAGAAUUUAAAAUUCGAUUAGUGAAAGCUCCAACGCUUACUACACAAUAUUCACUUGUCUGGUAUCCAAAUGCAUCUAAAUUAGUAAUCUAA